AUUAGGGUUGAAGGCCUCAUACAGCCAUCUGUGCCUCUCUCUCUCUCUCUCUCUCUCUCUCUCUCUCUCUCUCGCGCUCGGAAAUCGAACAGGUACCCGCUCUCUCCCUCCCUCUCUCUCUCGGGCGCCGGCACUGCUAUCGGGCUUAGUGAAUCAUGGCCGAGGGGGAACCGAAGCCGUUGAAUUAUAUACCGGAGGUGAUAUUGAAGAAGAGGAAAAGCAAUGAGCAGUGGGCAAUUAGAAGGAAGCUGCAGUUGGAGCAGAAGACUAGGAAAAGCAAGGGGGAUAAUUUCGUCAUCAAGAAGCCUGAGCAGUUCAUCAGGGACUUUCGAGACAGGGAGUUGGACCUCAUCCAAAUGAAGCAAAGGGGAAAACAGAAAAGGCGAGGUUCUGUAACACCAGAAUCCAAGUUGCUUUUCAUCAUUCGCAUUGGAGGGAAAACUGACAUGCAUCCAAAGACAAGGAAGAUUUUAUACUCUCUGAGACUAAGGAGAAUCUUCAAUGGUGUCUUUGUGAAGGCGAAUGAAAGGAUGAUGGAAAUUCUUCAAUUGGUGGAGCCUUUUGUUACGUACGGAUACCCCAAUCUGAAGAAUGUGAAGGAUCUGAUCUACAAGAAAGGUUUGGCGAAAAUUGACAAGCAGAGAGUUCCUCUGACAGACAACAACAUUGUUGAACAGGCACUGGGGAAUCAUGGCAUUUUAUGCAUAGAAGACAUUGUGAACGAGGUCGCUACUGUCGGUCCUCAUUUCAAAGAGGUUAUCGGUUUGCUAUGCCCCUUUACUCUCAACAAGCCAGACAACAAAGCAUUGUUUGGGAAGAAAAAGCUUUACAAGGAUGGGGGAGACACCGGAAAUCGCCAAGACCAGAUCAAUGAGCUGAUCAGCAAAAUGAACUAGGGUUUGCUGCCCCCUUGAUAGUUCAGUUGCCUUUUGUGUUUCUUAUUGUUUCUGCUUUUGUUCUUCUGUCUUUCUUCUUCCCUUCAAGCGAUCCGGAAAAAAAUAGUGAAGUAGCAUUUCUAAAGGGUCUUGUUCUUGUAUAAGAUACAGUAUCAGAUUCCAUUGAAGUGUAGUUUGAGCUUUGACCUCAGAUGACCUACGAUGUCUUUUAUUUCAAUUUUGGUAUGAGCAAUUAAAUUAGUAACUAAAA